CUGCUCUCAAAUCUUUUACCCCUUCUAGCUGGCAAAUACGUUCUUCCAACAGGGCUGUUUCCGUGUAGGAUUUAGAGAAUGUAGUAAGUGAGCUGCCAGCUAAUAACAGCAAACUGCGUUCUCUGUAGAUCCUGGUUAUGCAUACACAGGUGUCCGCACAGAGCAGUCGGGAUGAACGAGGCCUAAGCUGAGCCAGCAAAUUUGCCGUCUUCUCAUUAAGCACGAGCCUUAACUCUACCCAGAAACAUCAGUCAAACAAGCCAGUGUAUUCCAGAGACCAUCUGUGACCGUUUUCAAGACAGUUCCACUUAAUGAGGUUAUGGGAGAGAAGUAGCCAUGUCAGAAGAAGCUGUUACUGAGGCACGAUUUUCUCUGAAGACAGUAGCCUUACGGGUGUUUCAUCUUCCCCUUUCUUGGUAUUAUUCUCUUAACCAGAUAAAGCUUUCCCCUGGGUUAAAGAAGCUGUUCACGGUAACAGCAGUGAGUGCAAUAUCUGUUAUUUUUCUGGCCCAUCAUUUUAAAAGAAGGCGUGGAAAGAAGAACAAGAAAGUGCCACCAUGGGAACCAAGUCAUCUAGUAUUAGAGUGUACCAAAGCAGCUGCAUCAGAAAAAGGUUCUAGUUGUUCCAGUAGUCGGCAAAACUUGACUCUUUCUCUGAGCUCUGCCAAGGAGAAAGGAUCUCAGCCUUGUAUCUAUGCAAAUGGAGGACUUUUCAGUAAAUACUCUGGUUCUGUUCAGAGUUUGGCCUCGGUUCAGAGUGCCACAUCUUGUCACAGUUGCGCUUGUGCCAAUUCUAAUUCCUGGGAUAAAGCAGAUGAAGAUGAUAUUAAGCUUGUCAAUAUUCCAGUGACCACACCUGAAAAUUUGUAUUUGAUGGGUAUGGAGCUUUUCGAAGAAGCACUACGUCGAUGGGAACAGGCACUAACGUUCCGUAACAGGCAAGUUGAAGAUGAAGCAAGUUGUGGUUCCAUUAAACUGGGAGCAGGAGAUGCAAUUGCAGAAGAAAGUGUAGAAGAUAUCAUUAGUGCUGAAUUCAUUCAUAAGCUUGAAUCACUUCUUCAAAGAGCUUAUCGUCUUCAGGAGGAGUUUGAGGCCACCCUUGGGGUCUCUGAUCCUGCUUCUCUAGCUAAUGAUAUUGAUAAAAAUACAGACAUUACUGUAAAGGACAAUACAGAUGAUUUCUGCCUUCGAGAUACAUUAAGCAUUGCAUCAACAGACUCCUUUGUUUCCACAGCUGAGCUUACAGAGCACAGAGAGAUUCGUAAUAUGUACGGUCUAGAUUCCCUUUGCCAUUGCCCACUGUAUGAGGAAGCUAUGCACUUAGCAGAAGAAGGCAAAAUAUAUUCACGAGUGUUAAGGACUGAAAUGUUUGAAUGUCUAGGAGACAGUGACUUCCUUGCUAAGCUUCAUUGUAUUCGACAAGCUUUUCAGAUAAUUCUUUCAGAAACAGCAAACAGAAUAUUUCUUGCUGAAAGCGGAAGAAAAAUUUUGUCUGCUUUAAUUGUGAGAGCACGAAAGAAUCCAAAGAAAUUUGAAGAUGUCUUUGAUGAAAUGAUACAUUUUUUGGAACAAACAGAUCACUGGGAUAAUACUGAAAUGGAACUUGCUGCUAGAGGAGUGAAAAACCUGAAUUUUUAUGAUGUUGUUCUGGACUUCAUAUUAAUGGAUUCAUUUGAAGAUUUAGAAAAUCCACCAAUAUCUAUACAGAAUGUAGUAAAUAACCGCUGGCUAAAUUCCUCUUUUAAAGAAACAGCUGUGGCUUCAAGCUGUUGGUCAGUACUGAAGCAAAAAAGACAGCAAAUGAAGGUGCCUGAUGGAUUUUUUGCACAUUUCUAUGCUAUAUGUGAACAUAUCAGCCCUGUUUUGGCGUGGGGCUUUUUGGGCCCUAGAAAUUCCCUUUAUGACCUAUGCUGCUUCUUCAAGGAUCAAGUGCUUUUCUUCCUCAAAGACAUUUUUGAUUUUGAAAAGGUGAGAUACUCAACUAUGGAGAGCUUGGCUGAAGAUCUUAUGCAAUUAUUAAUCCGACACACCGAACUUUUAAUGGCCUAUCUUGGAGCAGAUUCACUAAGACAUGUCGGUGCUUGCGUAAGUGGUCAUGGGCAUGUCAUGACCAGUGGGCUCGUAGAAGCAAAAGUACAGUCAGCUUAAAAUCCAUGAGAAAUGAUCUGGAGUGCACAUUGACGUACUCCUUCCCACCUUUCUCUCCAACGCCGAAGCUAUCAUUGCUGUUACUGAGCAAGCAUCUCAAAAUGUAUCAUCUUGCUAAGUGUGGAAAAGGACUCAGGGAGGUUAAAUGUACAUCUGCAAAAAGAACUGGUGAGCAUAUUAUUGUAUAUACCUAAAUUAAAUUUGCAGCUCAGCUGUCACUGUAUUUAUACUUAGUGUAUCCCAAAGCUGUUUUCUGUAAUAUUUGGGUAAAGUUUAUUUAUGAAAUACUGUACUUUUGCACAGAUGAUUUGUAAGUGAAGCUGAUGGAGUUGUUUCCUUUAAAGGCUUAUAGUACAAAAUGUUCAUUACAGAGUCUCCAAAUCAUCAUGUCUAGAUCUAGAAGGUGUUUUGACUGGGGUAUAUGCAGUCUCUGGUUCGUGCGACACGUGCAAAAAAGUAAUCGCACUCACAAAAUUGAA